UAUUCUUCAUCACUGGAUAGCUCAAUUAAUUAAAAAAAAAUGGACACGGAAAAUAGAAGCAGAGCAGAUCUUGCUCUCCCAAAUCCACAAGGGCCCUCCAGUGUGCCUGAAAUUGAACUUUCAGAAGCACCUUUCCGUGAUAGCACCUUACUGGAGAAGGCUGCCCCAUCACCACGCCAGACAUGGCUGACAUUUUUGAAGAGGGAGCUGGAAUUCCUAGGCGUAACACAAAUUCUGAUUGGUUUCAUAUGUCUUUAUUUUGGAACAAUUGUCUACUCCAUGUUCAAGAUUUCAGAAUUUGAGAAAGAAUUUUUUUCAUCAUUUAAAACAGGCUACCCAUUCUGGGGAGCAGUAAUUUUUGUUAUUUCAGGAUUUUUGUCAAUUAUGUCUGAAAAGAAAAAUGCAGCAUAUCUGGUGCAAGGAAGCCUGGGAGCAAAUUUGGUCAGCGGCAUAGCUGCAGGAACAGGAAUCUUUAUCCUGGUCACCAACCUAAAGGGCAGUUUGGCUUAUAUCGAUAUUUGCCAGGAAGCUUAUGAGGACGACUUCUGUAUAACAGCCUUUUUUUCCACAGAGCUUGUGGUGAUGAUCCUGUUUCUUACCAUUCUGGGGUUUGGGGCUGCUGUGUUACUCAUAGUCUACAGAAUUGGAGAACUAUUCAAAGAAAACCAGAUUCCAGAAGAUCGUCUCUAUGAAGAAUUAAAUAUAUAUUCACCAAUUUACAGUGAAUUGGAAGACAGAGGGGAGACAUCUCCCACUGACUCAUAAGAAGCACAUUCAGAACAUUCUCAUCCAUAGCAAAGGAUAUAGAAAACCAAGAUCUUUGUUUAAGGGGAUACUGGCAAAAUUUCAGAUCUCUCUAUGAUCCACCAAUUUUACAUUGUGAUUUAUUUUCCACAUGGUAAUAUUCUGUUUCUGUACAUCUAAGUAUUCCU